AUGAGUGGCGAAGAUCUGAAAGAUGGCAUCCUGAUGGCGGCGGUGGGGAAUCGAUUGGCGACUUCUGCUCGAUUCCUCGACCACCACGACACCAACAGGAUCGUUAUGGAAUACUUGGAACAUGAGGGUUUCAUAGAAACGGCUUGUGAAUUUCGGGCCGAGCCGGAAGUCGUAUCGGCAGUAAGUCCCGAGUCCGCCGCUAAAUGGAGCGCGAUCAGAGGCGCGAUUCAGAGUGGCUCCAUACGGGAGGCAAUCCGUCUCGUCAACCAGUCGCAUCCGGAGCUGCUCGCUAGCGAUCGCUAUCUACAUUUUCAUCUACAGCAACUCCAUUUGAUUGAACUCAUCCGAGCGAAGAAAAUCGGAGAAGCGCUCGAUUUCGCUCAAACUGAACUUGCUGAAACUGUCGAGAGCAAUCCGAUCGUGCUGGACGAGAUGGAACGAACGCUGGCGCUGCUAGUGUACGAGAACCCGCAACAUAGUCCAUUUGCCAAUCGGUUGGGCCUGGGUUAUCGUCUGCAGGUGGCGAGUGAACUAAACGCGGCAAUUCUAAAGCUGGAGCACCUGGACCAGUCGAGUCCGGCGAUGAUCAACAUUUUGAAGUUGAUUCUCUGGGCACAGACCGGAUUGGACGGCAACAACGUCCAGUACCGGAAAAUGACAGAUUUGGCCACAGCCACAAUUGAGCAUCAAUAA